AUGCAGGCCUCUCUAUACCUAAACACAUCAACACAGAUGAGAAAGGACGAGAUCAUGCAGAAGCUUAGGUCGAGUAGCGAGAAGGACAAGAUUGAAGGGAUGAAGCAGAUGAUAGCACAGAUGAGUCAGGGAGAAGACUUCAGUGCCCUUACGCAUAAGAUAACGAAGGAGACAUUAGUGGUGAAGAGCAACGAGCUCAAAAGACUGUUCUACUACUACCUGGAGUUGCUUCCGAAGUCCAGAGGAACCCAGUCGUUUGAGGAGAUGCUUCUUCUGUCGAAUCAGGUCCGGAAGGAUCUUGAGCAUCCGAAUGAGUAUGUUAGGGGGUUUGCGAUGAGGUUUGUAAGUACACUGGAUGAUCAAGAGCUUGUCGGGAACUUCUAUAAGCUGGUCAAAGACAACUUCAACCACCCGAACUCGUAUGUCCGAAGAAAUGCAUACUUCUGCCUAGGAGAGGUCUUUUUGAAGAUGGAUACUUACAGGGAGGUUCCUGACCUCCUGUACCAUGCACUGCUUAGGGACAUGGAUCCUAACUGCCUGCGAGAGGCCUUUGUUUCCCUGCAUUUGGUAGAUCCGGGCCUGGCGCUGAAGUAUGCUGGAGAGGUGGAUCUGUCGAUACCGAGCGAGCUAUCGACAGCCAUUAUAGAGAAGAUUGACGACGAGCGUCUCCUGGAGAGGUUUCUCUUCUCGGGAGACAGCCUGACUGCAUUUGAGGCAGGGAUAUCGAUCCAUAAAACCAGCAAUGAUCAGCAACUACUGAAAAGGGCUACGGACACCAUAUUGAGGUGCCUCGAGGAUCUUCCUGGAUACAGGGAAUAUGCGAUCGAUGUGUUUCUUCUUUCUGCAUACAGCUUCUCUGGGUAUGCAAUGAGCUUCAUAUCAAUGGUGGAUCCAUAUGAUCUGGGCUUCUGCUCCAAGUGCCUAGACUUUGGGUUCAAGAUCUCCGAAACCCACGAGUUCCUACAGAUUUCUGACUUUCUGGGGUCUAAGUUCAUAGAGACGCACGAUGCAUCUGUCCAGAACCAGAGUUUCAGGGUUCUUCUUUUGGAGAAAAUGGCUUACUUUGCAGAUGUGUACUCUUCAUAUAGCAGGGAAGUGGUUUCUGAGGCGCUUGAGGGAAUUGCAUCAGAAAACCCGGAAAUGAGUUAUGGCUCGCUAACAUUUCUUUCUUCUUGCCUCGAGGUUAUGAGGAAAGGCUUUGAGCCUGGGAGGGAAGAUGCAACCGGAUAUUUAGAGUACUUGGAGAGGUUGACAGGCAAGAUAAACGAGGUGAAGUAUGGAAAGAUACUGCGGUGCUGCUUUGGGCUUCUUAGGAAGCAUGUGACAAAGGACGUCUUCGCGAAGGUUGUCGGGAUACUAGACUCCUCGUUUGAACUUUCAGACAAGCCUUUAUACUUGAGAAGCACACAGACAUUUCUAGGUGCAUUUAUAUGUAUCGAACUUUCUGAGAUGUGUAGGAAUCUAGGGGGGGACUCCAAAGACAGGGUUAUUGGCAUUAUGCUAAAGUUCAUUGAGCAUGGAAAGGAAAGCAAGACCAUGGAUGGGAGCUCGCACUCUACCAUUGUAUCAUGCAUUAGAUCACUGAUAUCUUCGUCUGAGAGGAUAGAGGUUUCGUCUGACAGUUAUAAGCGGUGUAGAGAAGAUGUCUUUGAUCCGAUCGUACUUCCUGGGACUCGGGUUUGCGAUGAGGGGAAUCUAAACAAGCUUCACGAGUUCCUAGCUGGAGAUGAAAGUGGAGAGGCUGAGAUGAAGAACAUAACACAGCUUACGGGCCUGUCUGAUCCCAUCUAUGUGGAGGCCACGACGAGCUACACCCGAUACGAGGUUGUGUUAGACAUGCUACUUAUCAACCAGACAUCGUCCUAUCUGCAGAACAUCCUGCUUGAUUUUGUGACGAGCCAGGGAUUCAGCGCCACGUUCGUUAACACUCCAUUUUCGUUGUCCAGCAGAUCUGUGAUAACAAAGCGGUUUGCGUUCAGGAUCAUAGAUGGGUCCAAUGGGUUUAUAAGUGGGUCGAUAACGUUCAGGUACCCAGACGAGAGUGGGGAGUAUGCAAACACUGCAUAUACAAUCAAUUUGUCUGAGGUGAAGACAUCUAUUUCCAAGUUCCUUGAGCCGAAGAAAAUUGAUUCUGACAGGUUCAGAGAGAUGUGGAAGGAGCUUGAGUGGGAAAACACAUACACCCUCAAGUUUGUUACGCGGAGGGCGUUGGAGGAGAUAUUUGGAGAAGUGAGCAAGGCUCUCAGCGGAGAGAUGUUAGACGUUGAAUGCGACGAAAGCUAUGCAGUUGGGAACAUAGCAUGUUCUACAUUGCAAAAUGUAUGUGUACUAAUCAAUGUGUGCCUAAGGAGGGGAGAGUAUGUCCACUUUGAGUCACGGAUCCGCAGCAGGAAGGAGGGGAUAGUGAAGUCUGUUAGCGCUGUGGUUGGGGAUGUGCUAAAGUCGCUUAAGAAUAAAUGA